AUGCCCAAGGAGUCCAAGCCCCGCGCGACCAAGGCUGCCACCGGCGGCCGUGCCAAGAAGGACCCUAACGCGCCCAAGCGCCCCCUCUCGGCAUACAUGCACUUCUCUCAGGACCAGCGCUCGGUCGUCAAGGAGGAGAACCCCGAUGUCACUUUCGGCGAGAUUGGCAAGAUCCUCGGUGCCAAGUGGAAGGAGCUCCCCGAGGACGAGCGCAAGCCCUACGAGGAGAAAGCCUCGGCCGACAAGUCGCGCUACGAGAAGGAGAAGGCAGCCUACGACGCCGAGAACCCCGACGCCGCAGCCGCCGCCAAGCCCGCGAAGAAGAAGGCCACGAAGAAGGCCAAGAAGGUUGAGAGUGAGGACGAGGACGACGCGGCGGAUGCGGUUGACGAGGACGACGAUGAGUAA